CUAGGCAAAGCACAGACAGUCUGCACCCCACAGAGGGGCUCAGUUAUCCUCCGCGAGCUUUCAGCGGGGUCCACCCCCUCCCUUGUGUACUCGGGAGCCGCCUGUUCCCUGGGCGACAGUCAACACAGACAGGACUGCAAAACACAUUUGGGUCCCAGCCUGAAGAGUUCUGUCCCCAGCAGUCACUCUGAACUCGGGAUCUGGUGGGAGGACCUUGUGCAGGCUUUCCUGGGUUAAGAAAAGAAUCUUCGUCUCAUUUCUCUCUUUUUCUCCCUCUCCUGCUUUCCCCAGUCCGCUAUGGGCAGCCAACACACUGGACUCCAAAGAACCACGUCAUCCAGGUACCGACCGCCCCCUACUAGGCCUCUUGCCUUAGUUUCCAGGACCCAGGAUGGCCCUGCAGCAAGCAGAGGUCUUGCUGGUGGCUGCCAGGGUACCGCAGCCCAGGGUGUACAGCAGGACCAGCUGUGGAGGGAACUUGUGGAAGCCGAAGUUCGAGGCCAGCAGCGUUGGGCUGAGAAUUGGGGUUUCCUGAAAGACUAUGACCCUUUGGGAAAUAAGAAGGAACCUGAGGAGCUCCCUGAAGGCGUACCCUUCUUCUCAGACACACUCCCCAGCUCCACGAGCCGGGAGGUGGGCAGUAGAGUGGACACGACCCUGGGGAGAGCCCUUACCCACAUGGAUUUCUUCUUCACGGAAGGCACGCGGAAGAAGAAGCUGGAGGAUGAGCUGCAGCCGGUGUAGGGAUCUCAGGACGGACCCCAGCAGAGCACACUGGUCAGAAGGGAACAAACAGAACAGCUCACCGCCUCCUUUCCCAUGCAUAGACCUUGACUGGAACACCAUGCUGGAGAUCUUGUCUACAUAUCUCUCAGUUGUUUGAACCAAGAGGCUCCUGGGGUACAAGCUUCUCUCUGCUCAUCUGUAACAUGAGGGCCGGCUUGUUGGGGUUUCUAUCCCGCCCCGGUACCCCACAGCCGGCAAAUCCCAAAG